AUCAACACCUGUUACAGUAUCAUGAACUAUCACUAAGGCCGUAUGCAGCUCAGGAAAGAUACUGUGAUCGUCAAGAUGAAGAACCUGUUUGCUGCUUUGUUGAUGGCCCUUGUGUUGGCCCUCUCCCAGGCCACCUUUGGUUAUGAUCAAAAGUACGGUUAUGAUAACCGGGGAUACGUGGGAUAUGACUAUCCAAAGGGUGACAGCUACAGACCCUCGUAUGACCCUUAUAAGCCCAAAUAUGGCUCCUACAGGCCCAGGUAUGACUACCAGAAGCCCAAAUAUGACAACUACCAGUACCCUCGCUACUAUUAGCAGCGUUCCUGCCCCAAAUCUGAAAGGAACCACAGAACAAAAUGGACACUGAUUCGCAAUUAUCAGUUGAGCAAUAAAUUGUAAAACUCU